AUGGCAGUGCGUGUGGCUUUGUCGCUCUCACUCCUUGCUCUUAUCCUUGCUUCUGCCUUGGCCGCGGAUGUAGAGGAACGGCUAGUGAACCAACUCCUGGGCCUGGAGCGCUACAACAAGUUGAUCCGGCCUGCGGUCAACAAGAGCCAGCAGGUCACCAUCGCCAUCCAGGUGUCCCUUGCACAGCUCAUCAGCGUGAAUGAGAGGGAGCAGAUCAUGACAACGAAUGUGUGGCUCACUCAGGAGUGGAAUGACUACCGUCUGAAGUGGGACCCUCAGGAGUAUGAGGGCAUUAAAAAGCUAAGAAUCCCAUCUCAGCACAUCUGGUUGCCAGACAUUGUCCUCUACAACAACGCUGAUGGAACCUAUGAGGUGUCCUUCUACUGCAAUGCAGUGGUGUCCAGCAAUGGUGACGUAUUCUGGCUACCUCCAGCUAUCUACAAGAGUGCCUGCAAGAUCGAGGUGAAAGACUUCCCUUUCGACCAGCAGAACUGCACCCUCAAGUUCCGCUCGUGGACCUACGACCACACCGAGAUCGACCUGAUCCUCAGCAGCGAUUUUGCCAGCCGGGACGACUUCACGCCCAGCGGCGAGUGGGACAUCGUGUCCCUUCCCGGCCGAAAGAACGAAGACCCCGAGGACCUGUUCUACCUGGACAUCACCUACGACUUCAUCAUCAAGAGGAAGCCCCUGUUCUACACUGUCACCCUCAUUGUUCCCUGCAUCCUCAUCACUUCUCUGGCCAUCCUGGUCUUCUACCUGCCGUCCGACUGCAGGGAGAAGAUCACCCUCUGCAUGUCGGUUCUUCUGGCCCUUACCGUCUUCCUGCUCCUCAUCUCCAAGAUUGUGCCACCCACCUCGUUUGCCGUGCCCCUCAUCGGCAAGUACCUUAUGUUCACCAUGGUCCUUGUGACCUUCUCCAUCGUCACCAGCGUGUCCGUGCUCAACGUGCACCACCGUUGCCCCAACACCCACCGGAUGCCCGGCUGGGUCAAGACCGUCUUCCUCGCCAAGCUCCCAACCUACCUCUCCAUGCGCCGGCCUGGUGGCUCCAACGUCCGUGAGGCUUUCCAGGAGAAACAGCAGGAGCAGCAGCAGGGCUCCCAGCCGGACCUGAAGCGCUCACGGAAGGCUGAGGGUGACUGCUUCUACGCGAACGAGGAAUUGGCCAAAAGGUACGUCUGGAGGGUCGGCGAAGCGCCCAGGAACGCCGGUGGAGGCGGAGAGUUCCGGAGGAGGGUGACGGUCAAGUGCAACCAGGACGUAAAGGAGGCGGUGGACGGUGUCCGCUUCGUGGCCGAGCACAUGAAGGAACGGGACGAGGAUCAGGCCAUAAUCGAGGACUGGAAAUACGUGGCCAUGGUGAUCGACCGGCUCUUCCUGUGGAUAUUCGUGCUGGUGUGUGUGGCAGGCACUGCGGGACUGUUCAUGCAGCCGCUCUUUCAGAGCUACUUCAUUCCCAACAGGGACAACGAGUAAACAAACCAGCAGCAACACGUCCAGAUUCCCAGCACAAACUCACUGAAUGACACGUGCUUCUUGUUUGACCCUGCUGAAAAUAAAAUGCUCAAGAAACAGCUGGUAGCUGGUUGACCAGUUCAAAACGGUCAACAUGGUUUCACCAGCUCAAGCUAUGUUUUAAACAGCUAUGCAUAUUGCAGCAAGGGAUGGUACAAUACAUUUUAUAUGGAUUUGUUUUCAGAAACAAACAGUUAUGUUUGGUAAUAAGGUCAUUUUUUGACCGAAUACAAAAUAUGAAUUUAUUUUCUUUCUGCUGAAAUUAUUGCUGGCAUACAGCUGCAACAACAAAAUUACAACUUCCAGAAGGUUUUAGGGAGGGGAGAGGAACUGGUAGUGGAUGAAGUAAAUCAGACACGGCAGUAGGUGGCCUUGCAAUUUCAUAUUGUAGAUGAAGCAUUCCAGAACUGUUAAUGCUUUUGAAUGAUGCUGCAUAACCAUUUGAAAGAAAAGUACUUCAGAUGUUUGGGGUGAUUCUCGAAAUGUUUGUUUCCUAAUGUAGCUGCAGGAACACACAUUGAAGUGAAAUUGUGCCAGGCCCAAGGAGGUAUCUUAACAGCAGAGGAAGAAUGUGUGAAGCAUUGACAAUGCAGCCAUUCUGAGGCCCUGUGGUCGGUCUAAUUGAUUCCGCACAGGGUCAAAACAUGAUUUACUGUCUGCUUAAGAAAGAAAGAAAGAAAAAACACUGCAUAUACUGUAUGCAUAUCACGUCUUCCAGAUGAAAUGUUCUGUUCCACCACAGCAAAUAUGUUUGAAGAACACUUAGUAUUACCAGUGCUUAUAAUCAGGGAACCCUGUAUUUAUGGUGCACAUAAAUUAUUUUUACAGUAUAUAUGAGCUUUUCUUCCUAUGCUCUUGCUAUUCUGAAAGAAUAUGAUAGUCCUCUGUCUGCCCUCCCAUCACAGAACAUCCUGGUUUUGUUUGUCUGUCUUAAAGCUAGAUGUUAACAGGAGUUUUGGAGUCAUUUUGAAAUAUACAUAAAUUGUUAAAAGGACAAAUGUUUAAUGUUGAGUGGCUGAGUCAUUUAACAUACCUCUUUGUCAUUGUAAUUAUGUUUCCCCAAAAGCAUGUAUGAUUUAGAACUUUGGAGCAUGUUUUCUGGUAAUUCAAUAAAUGAAUAGUCUAUAUAAAAUAA